CUGUGUGACGUCUAAGCCCGUCCUUCCCGCCCAGGGCUACCAUUGGCUGGGUGGUGGCAUGCUGACCAAUCAAAGCUCAGAAACGUGGUUGCCUCAUUGUCGUGGACGAAAGGGGCACGUACACGUAGACCAGGCAGCCUGACAUUGACGUUGGAGACGUUGAGUUGAGCAAGAUGGCGCCAAAGAAGAGAGCCUCGGGACCGCCGGCCAAGGCCGGGGAGACGCGAAAGAGGAAGUCCUCUUCUGAGGCGAGUCCCAGUACCCCGAAGAAGACGCCCAAGGUGGGCAAGAGAGGAAAAGCAGGUCCUGGAGGGAGAGGCGGGAAGAAACGUGCCGCUGGGAAAAAGAUGGCAGCCGUGGGAGCCCCUGAGGCAGGGAGCGGGCCAGCACCACCCGGGCCCAGCCAGCCGCCGAGCCAGGAGCUUCCUCCAUGCAAAGUGCCUGUGAAGGAGGAGCCAGUGGGCGAGCCCGACCCACUGAGCCAGGAGACCCAGCUGGAGGAUCCACUGAGCCAGGAGACCCAGCUGGAGGAGCCACUGAGUGACGUGAUGACCGUCUCCACCUCGUCGGAGCCACUGAGUGACGUGAUGACCUUUGAGUUGAGCAAGAUGGCGCCAAAGAAGAGAGCCUCGGUACCGCCGGCCAAGGCCGGGGAGACGCGAAAGAGGAAGUCCUCUUCUGAGACGCCCAAGGUGGGCAAGAGAGGAAAAGUAGGUCCUGGAGGGAGAGGCGGGAAGAAACGUGCCGCUGGGAAAAAGAUGGCAGCCGUGGGAGCCCCUGAGGCAGGGAGCGGGCCAGCACCACCCGGGCCCAGCCAGCCGCCGAGCCAGGAGCUUCCUCCAUGCAAAGUGCCUGUGAAGGAGGAGCCAGUGGGCAAGCCCGACCCACUGAGCCAGGAGACCCAGCUGGAGGAGCCACUGAGCCAGGAGACCCAGCUGGAGGAGCCACUGAGUGACGUGAUGACCGUCUCCACCUCGUCGGAGCCACUGAGUGACGUGAUGACCGUCUCCACCUCGUCGGAUCUACCGAGUGACGUGAUGACCGUCUCCGCCUCGUCCCUCAGCAGCGACUAAGUUCAGGCCCAGCUGCCAGGAGACUCGGAGAUCUCACCAGCGCAGGGGGCGCCCCCAUGCUGAUGUCAAUAAAUCCAAUGUGUUGCAA